AUCGAAAUUCGUGUUUGACGCCGCUGAUAUCGAUGCUUUAAUUUGGUUUGUUGUGGGAUCGCGCGAUGAGGGGAUGCGAAGCGAGGGAUGGGAUAUCGACAUGAUACAAUGCCUUUCAUCGACUGACGUCACUGGGAUCCCUUGUCUAUAUAGUACACUGUUUUCAACAGCUGGGAUAUCCCUUCUCCAUCAAUUCAGCACAUCGUAUCAAUUCAAUCUCCACAAUAAAACCAACCCAAACAAAACCAACCAUCCACCUACCAAACAAACAACCACCAAAAUGCCCCUCUUCCACCGCGACCACCGAGACUCCAUGUCCUCCUCUUCCCGCUCCAGCAUGGAAGACCCCAACAUGCACCACAGUAGCAAAGGCGGCAUCUUCGGCAGCCGCCGCCGCACAUCCGCCAGCGGCUACAGCAGCGCCUCGAGCACUGGUAGCCACCGUAACAGCGGCACCUACGGACACAACAGUCGACACAGCGGCAGCGGCAGCGGCUUCGGGUUCAUGAACCGGAACCGCCGACACGAGGAUCCGGCGAUUGCGUCUGCGCGCGAUCGCGUCUUUGCGGCGGAGGAGGCGGAGAGAGCUGCUGAUCAGGCGCUUUAUGCGAGUCGACGGGCGGUGCAGGAGGCGAGGAAUGAUGUGAGGAAUUUGGAAAAGGAGGCCAAGGAAGACGCCCGCGCUGCCAAGUUCAAACAGAGCCAGGCAAAGGAUAUCUCGAAGCGCGUCAAGCCUCUUGGUCGUAAGUGAUUGGUCGUUUCCCAGAAGGACUCUGCGCGGAAUCUGAUUCUUUAGGCCGUCACUGAGCGAUGAUAUAACUGUAUGAUAUGGCACCGGCAACCCUUCCGAUACCCGACACGAUAUGACCCCCUUCUUUAAGACAAACCUUAGCGAGCGAUUUCCUUUUGUUUCAAGACAGAUAUCCUUGUACAUUAUCCUGACGGGUUACGACUGUAUACUAGUUUAUUUUCGGUGUCUUUGUCAAGCGGGAGUGCGGGUUGGAAUUUACUCUGUACAUUAUCUCUCGAAUACCAGAAUGUAUUUUUCAGGUCGGUUACUGAAAGUUCAAGCUCCAGUGUAUCAAGUUGCUCUAGGAGACGACGUUGAUGACCUAGAAUAUACGUAGCUGAUCCAGUAGGCAUAGAAUCAUGUGCUCCGUCAGAGUCGCG